UAUAUAUACAGACACACACACACACACAUAUAUAUGUGCCUGCUGAAGAGAUGUCUGAGAAAACCCUUCAAGGGGCUCAAAAUGUCAUGGCCAAAAAUGAUGAUACCAGCUCCGUUGUCUCCUCAAAAAGAUUAGAAGGAAAAGUGGCAAUCAUAACAGGAGGUGCUAACGGGAUAGGAGAAGCAACAUCAAGACUCUUUGCAAUGCAUGGAGCCACAGUAGUCAUUGCCGAUGUCGAUGACAUAAACGGCGUCUUUUUAGCCAAUUCGCUUUCCCCUUCCGCCACCUACAUUCACUGCGAUGUCCGCUCGGAGGAAGACAUCGAGAACCUCAUCAACACAGCGGUCUCCCGCUUUGGCCGGCUCGACAUUCUUUUCAACAACGCCGGAGUUCUCGGAAAUCAGUCAAAGCGGAAGAGCAUCAUUGACUUUGACCCGAAAGAGUUUGACCACAUAAUGCGGGUGAACGUCAGAGGAGCUGCUCUCGGCAUGAAGCACGCGGCGAGAGUGAUGGUUGGGAGAGGAAGCGGCUGCAUAAUAUCGAUGGCGAGCGUGGCUGGUUGCACGGGCGGGAUGGGUCCGCACGCUUACACGGCUUCGAAACACGCCAUUGUUGGGUUGACGAAGAACACGGCUUGCGAGCUGGGACGAUACGGGAUUCGGGUUAACUGCAUUUCACCAUUUGGGGUGGCUACUUCUAUGCUUGUUAAUGCAUGGAGGAAGAAGAGAUGGGAUGAUGGUGAUGACGGUGAUGGAGUUAGGGUUGGUGUUGACGAGGAAGAAGUGGAGAAGAUGGAGGAAAUGGUGAGAGGAUUAGGGUAUCUAAAGGGUGCAACAUUGAAAGCCAAAGAUGUAGCAGAGGCGGCGCUUUAUCUUGCCAGUGAUGAGUCCAAGUAUGUUAGUGGUCAUAACCUGGUUGUGGAUGGUGGAGUCACUACCUCAAAAAAUUGUGUGGGGUUGUAGUUUGGUUUGCUUCUCUAGUUUUAUUUGCCUCCAUUUUUAUUAUUUUUUUCAGAAAAUUAACUUCAAUUAACCAUUGGAAGAUUUUAUUGAAGCAAUGGAGCCAAGAAAUCGGGUGGCUUACAUACAGAUACUUAAUGCCCAUACUCGAUAUGAUUUUUCUUUGAAAUGUCUGUAUUCCAAUCUCUAC